AUCCAAUCGCUUGGUCGAGACGUGUCUCGCAUUCAUAGCAUCCUUCAGUCAUGGCGUCUGUUUGGGCUAAAUCCGUUGUUAACCUGCAGGUUUUGGCUGUUUUUUUUUGCCUAAUGGUAUGUCUGCCACCGGGGGGAGGGCAGAAGAAGAAAGAGAACCUGCUGUCAGAGAAAGUUGACCAGAUGAUGGAGUGGUCUUCUCGGCGUUCGGUUAUCCGGAUGAAUGGGGACAAGUUCCGUCGUUUUGUCAAGGCCCCACCCAGAAACUACUCUGUCAUAGUCAUGUUCACUGCCCUACAGCCUCAAAGGCAAUGUUCUGUCUGCAGGCAGGCAAAUGAGGAGUACCAGGUCCUGGCAAACUCAUGGCGGUACUCAUCAGCUUUCUCCAACAAGCUCUUCUUCACGGUAGUGGACUACGAUGAGGGAGCUGAUGUUUUCCAGCAGUUGAACAUGAACAGUGCCCCAACCUUUAUGCAUUUCCCAGCAAAGGGAAAGCCAAAAAGGGCUGAUACAUUUGAUCUGCAAAGGAUUGGCUUUGCCUCAGAACAGCUUGCCAAGUGGAUUGCGGACCGCACAGAUGUUCAGAUUCGGGUCUUCCGUCCUCCUAAUUAUUCAGGGACUAUUGCUUUGGCGCUCUUAGUAUCUCUAGUUGGAGGAUUGCUGUAUUUGAGGAGGAACAACUUGGAAUUCAUAUACAACAAGACUGGAUGGGCCAUGGCUGCACUGUGUGUGGUGUUUGCAAUGACGUCUGGUCAGAUGUGGAAUCACAUCAGAGGUCCUCCUUAUGCCCACAAAAAUCCACAGAAUGGACAAGUGAGUUAUAUUCAUGGCAGCAGUCAGGCACAGUUUGUGGCAGAGUCUCACAUCAUCCUUCUUCUGAAUGCUGCAAUCACCAUGGGGAUGGUGCUACUCAAUGAAGCUGCCACCUCCAAGGGAGAUGUUGGCAAGAGAAGAAUCAUCUGCCUGGUUGGCCUUGGCCUGGUGGUGUUUUUCUUUAGUUUCCUGCUCUCCAUCUUCAGGUCCAAGUACCAUGGAUACCCCUACAGCUUCCUUAUUAAGUGAACAAACACAGUAGAGGCAGCCAGAAAAAAUGUCGAAGAGGUGGUAGGUGAGAAGAAGAGGAGUUGAGAACAUACUUGAAGAGGAGGCAGUGUCACUACUGACUCUAAAGUGCAUGGUCUGGUUUCUAUUUGUGUAUGUGUCGUUGUUGGGGGGUUUGUUUGUUUUAAAUCAACUACUACCAUUAAAUCUGCAAGCUGAAUAAGAAUUGGUUGUCACUUCAUACACUGGACAAUAAAGGCACCAUUUUGCAUGUCAUGUAUCUUUGUUGUUUUUUCAGGACUCUUUAGCGCUAAAGUUUUUUUUGUGUGGUUAUAUAAACUGACCAGUGACAGUGGCAGUCUAAUCAUUUGUGACAUAUUGUUUUAAACAUGAAUUGAUCCUUAUUUUAAAGAAAUGCUGUUAAAAGUUAAACUGGAAACUAAAGAUUUGUGGUGGGUUAGUGGGGAUAAAAAUCUCUAGUUCAAUUCAGUAUUUAUAAGUAACAUGGACUAAGUAACAUAAAUUUAACAUAGACUCAUCAACCCUCUUUAUUAAGUACAUCUUGUUAGUACUGGGUGGGACUCUGUUUUGCCUUCAGAACUUCCUUAAUUCUUUAUGACAUAGCCUCAACAAGGUCCAUGAAACAUGCAUCAGAGAUUUGGGUCCAUAUUGAACAAUAGCAUGACGGAGUUGCAUGUCAAAUUCUGUCCCCACAAUCUGAACAUCACAGCUUCGACACUCAUUGGAAAUCAGGAGUCAUCAGACCAAGCAACUUUUUUUUUUUUUCUAUUGUCCAGUGUUGAUGAGUCAGUGUGAAUUGUAGCCUUAGUUUCCUGUUCUUAUCUGACAGGAGUGGUACUCGGUGUGGUCUUCUGCUCCUGUAGCCCAUGUGCAUCAAGGGGUCAAUGUGUUGUUGGAACUAGUGUUUAUUUAAAUUUGUUUUGUCUUCCUAUGAGCUUGAAGCAUUUACAUCAUUCUCCUCUGAUCUCUGGCAUCAGCAAGCCGUAACUUAUCUUAAUAGGACCAUUCUCUGCAAACCCUAGAGAUGGUUUAGUGGGAAAAUCUGUAGUUCAGCAGUUUCUGCAAUACCCAGACCAGUCCAUCUGACACCAACAGUCACACCAGUUAAAAUCACUCAUAUCACCUUUCUUCCCCAAUUCUGCCGCUCAGUUUGACCUUUAGCAGUUUGUCCUGAACAUGUCUGCAUGCAUAAAUACACUGAGUUGAUGCAUUUGCUGAUUAGACAUCUUGUGUUAAGAGUUAUGCCUAAUAAAAUGGUCAGAGUGUAAGUUUAUGGCAAUGGUACAUAACUGUGUAACAUUACAUGGAUUAACAUGGAUAAAUAAAUAAAUCUAGUCAUUUGCAAUUGAGGCGUUAGGCCUUUGA